CGAAUCAGUUCGACUUUCGGCUCACUCAUGCCACUUGCCUUACGGUGAAUAAACCAAAUAAAUAAAAUAAGCGAAAACUAUUUAUAAAUUUUGUGUACCGCUUAGUUUCUGGCGUGUUGAAUUAUAUAUUUAAGUACAUUACAGAACUACAUACAUUGAAACAUGCCGAACAUAAAGUUGCAGUCGUCCGAUAACGAGAUUUUCGAUGUCGAUGUUGAAAUAGCUAAAUGUUCCGUCACAAUCAAAACCAUGUUAGAAGAUCUUGGCAUGGACGAAGAUGAGGAGGAGUCAGUACCGUUGCCUAACGUUAAUUCAGCUAUUUUGAAGAAAGUGAUCCAAUGGGCUACGUACCACAAAGACGAUCCUCCCCUACAAGACGAUGACGAAAACAAAGAGAAAAGGACAGAUGACAUUUCAUCAUGGGAUGCUGAUUUUUUGAAAGUUGAUCAGGGAACCUUGUUUGAACUUAUCUUAGCGGCGAAUUAUUUAGAUAUCAAAGGUUUGUUGGAUGUGACAUGCAAAACAGUUGCAAAUAUGAUUAAGGGCAAAACUCCAGAGGAGAUACGCAAGACGUUCAAUAUCAAGAAUGAUUUCACUGCUGCGGAAGAAGACCAGGUGCGCAAGGAGAAUGAGUGGUGCGAGGAGAAGUAAGGCUUUGAUAACACCCGUUAUUUACAGAAUUACAAACAACUUAAUGAAGGAUGAGGACUUGGGACAGCAUACUAAUCUCUCCACAUAACAAAAGAAAUCUUACACUGUUGACACAAAUAACUAAAACUAGAGUAAUAAUUGGUAAACUUGGUAAGGUUUUCCUACAAACUUGUAAGAAUUUUGUGUUUAACAUUUUAAUGGCUGUAAGCUUUUUUUUGUUCAUAUAAUAGAUUUUGUAGACAAAAUAUAAAUUGAGUUGAUGUAUGAACAACUUACAUGUUCAAUUGGAUCAAAUUAUAUUUUGUCAACUUUACUAGAAUGUUCUCUCUUCAGCUCAUAUACAAUGUAUGUACCAUCAGCUGCAAAACUGCAUGGAGAAAUUAUGAAUGAAUUCAUUGAUAAAUUCGCCAUGCACUUUUGCAGAUGAUAGUACAUACAAAUAAUUAUUUGAGUUUUUGUGUAGUCCAUUAAGGAAUAUAACUGGAUAUGUUGGAAAAUGUCUCAUGUAUCCUAUAACUUUAACAUUAAUCAACGACAACAAAAGAUGAAAUCUGCGAUUUCUUUUUGUAGCAGAUAGCACCUUGUACGUUGGUGGGUAAGGUGCAAUUUUCUGAAAAAAAUAAUUGCAGGUUGUACCCUAUAUGUUGUUGUUGAAUUUUAUCAGUACCAUCUAAAAGUAAAAUGCAGGCUGCUUUUAGCUUAUGUUCAGUUUUUCAGGUUUAUCCUAGAGCAGAGAUUGCUAAUUAGUUUAUGUGGGUCUGUGGGCAACAUAACAAAAUGCAGUCCACAUUAUAUAGGUUUGUGGUCUGGAUCUCCUGCCAUUUAUUGAUACCUGUUCUAGGAUUAACAAGGAUUACUCAUACACUUGUAAACCAUUAGUAAUAUUACAAAUUGUCUCAGCAUGCAAUGAACAUUCUUGAUGGAUAUUUCUAUAACAUGACAAAAUAAUUUGCCUGUUUGCAUUUUAUAGUAGAAAUGUAAAAAUCACUGAAGUUUUGGUUCUAGUAUUAUUCUAGCUACUAAUGCAAACAUGGUUUAGCAUCUUUUAUGUAAACAUUCAUGUUAUUCUGCUAAAGGUUUUUUUUUGUGGAAUGUUGAAAGAAUAAUACUGUGUAACAUGUUUCAUACUGAAGUAAAAAACUAUUUUUAAAGAAUUUCAUUUGAAUGCUGUAUUUUGCAAUGUUGAUUUGUCAUGGCUAUGAGGCCUAUGAGGGGUUUGUUAAGCUUUGACAAACACUAAAUUCUUUUAAAGUUUGGUUGAUUAUAAAUUGUAAACAAAAUGUCACAUACAGAUAUUAAAAUAAACAUGAUUUUAGUAAAAACA